CGUCGCACAUACGCGCAUAUAUGGAGUAGUAACAGAACAAUUAGUCAGUUGUUCAUUGCACCUCUUCGGAACUAGAAGUUUUUAUGUGGAGUGAAAGAUAAGAAAUUAAAUAAAUUUAUUGCCAGUCAACCAGCCGAAACUCCAAGUUUUCGUUGGUUUUAGACGCGCGUGAAAAGUAAUUUCAGUGGUUUUAGUUUACAUUUACACGUGUGCUUUUGCCGUUGCGUGCGUAUCUUAGGAGAAAAUGUGGUCAAGUGUCGUAAACAUUUCGCACAUAAUGGCGGUAAUGACCACCGCACAUUUAAUUAGUGCUCAACAUCUGAUCAACGCAAACAUUCCCGAUAGUCCGUUGGACGCUGUGAAGGAUUUUGACGAUGAAAGCAGAGCAAUAUUUUCUAAUAACCUCCUUACAUCACGGAACACCAACAAUCAGAACGACUUCAACUUCUACUGGAACAUACCGUCGUUCAUGUGCGCGCAACACAACCAAACAUUCACCGAUAUGACUUCAUCGUACAACAUCGUGCAAAAUAAGGAUGAUAAAUGGCGCGGUGACAAAAUCGUUAUCCUAUAUGAUCCCGGCAAAUUUCCGGCUUUAUUGGAACAUCAAGGACAACUGUAUCGGCGGAAUGGCGGCGUUCCGCAGGAGGGAAAUUUACAAGAGCACAUUGACAUAUUAGCGGAGCAUAUAAAUAAAUUGAUACCGGAUACCGGGUUCUCAGGAAUCGGCGUGAUUGAUUUCGAGUCAUGGCGUCCUAUUUUCCGACAAAACUCAGGAGUUUUGCAGCCAUAUAAAGACUUGUCCAUGAAGUUGGUGCGAAGAGAUCACAAGUUGUGGAAGAAAGAACGAGUUGAACAAGAGGCGACGAAACUUUUUGAAUCAGCUGGACGUAGAUUUGUCGAGGAAACUAUCAAGGUCGCCCAAAUAUUACGUCCGAAAGCAAAAUGGGGCUAUUACGGCUUCCCGUAUUGCUUUAAUAUGAAUGGCGGCGCAAACAUGAAUGAAGACUGUCCCGCCAAUGUAAAAGACGAGAACGACCAAAUAAAAUGGCUGUGGGAUAUUGUCGAUGUAGUUCUUCCUUCCGUCUACUUGAACAACAAAAUUACGGCGGCACAAAGAGUACAAUUUGUCCGUGGUCGUAUGCGGGAAGGUUAUCGUGUCGCAAGAAUGUCGAAACAAACACAAAAGCCACCGGUGCUGGCUUACUUGCGCUACGUCUACACGGACACUCUAAAAUUCAUUAGCAACGACGAUCUCAAAUCGGCAAUCAAGGUAUCGAAAGAGCAAAAAAGCAACGGCAUGAUAUUCUGGGGCAGCUCGUACGACGUCAAAACGCGGGACCAGUGUAGCGACUUCCGAAAAUAUGUCGAUCAUAAUUUGGGUCCCAUCGUGCUGUCGGCAAACAACAAAUCGCCAAAAGUGCUUACGCCAAAUCUAGCAUAACAGUUCCUUCGUUCUUCUUUAUUUCGCGUCAUUAUCGAUGUUAUGAUAGUUGGAUGAGAGAGGAAAAAAAUGUAAUAUAAACCAAAAAUAAAAUAAAUAUUUGCCC